AUGGAAUCUUUCACGAAACGAGUGAAAACUUUUGAUGCGUUUCCAAAAGUUGAUCCGCAGCAUCAGGUGCGGUCUAAAAGAGGCGGGCUCUCGACAAUAUUAACUUAUCUUUUUGGGUUACUCAUACUAUGGAUCGAGAUUGGUGGAUAUAUUGGUGGAUACGUGGAUAGGCAAUUUGUUGUUGACAAUGUAGUGCGAUCUGAUCUCACAAUCAAUAUCGAUAUGAUAGUAGCUAUGCCGUGUGCCUUCAUUCAUACCAACGUUGAGGAUAUCACUCGGGACCGGUUCUUAGCGGGAGAAACAUUGAAUUUCGAAGGAAUUAAUUUCUUUAUACCGCUUGGAUUCAAGAUCAACAACCCCAUUGAUUUUCACCAAACUCCCGAUUUGGAUGAGGUGGUACAAGAAAGCUUAAGAGCUGAGUUUAGACAGCUGAGUCUGAGAAUCAACCAGGGUGCCCCUGCUUGUCAUAUAUUUGGCUCUAUACCGGUCAAUCAAGUCAAGGGCGACUUUCGCAUUACAGGAAAGGGGUUCGGGUACAGGGAUAGACUGCAUGUACCCUUUGAAGCGCUUAAUUUUACCCAUGCAAUUCAAGAAUUUUCUUAUGGUGACUUUUUCCCCUACUUGAAUAAUCCUCUUGAUGCUACUGGUAAAGUAACCAAUGAAAAACUACAGGCUUUUGUUUAUCAUGCUCGAGUAGUACCCACGUUGUAUGAAAAGUUGGGCUUGGAGGUGGAUACUAACCAGUACUCCUUGACUGAAAACCAUUAUGUGGUUAAAACAGAUGAGAUAUCAAGGAAGCUACAAGGAAUACCUGGAAUAUACUUUAGAUAUGAAUUUGAACCAAUAAAGAUGAUUAUUAGGGAAAAGAGAAUUCCCUUUUUUCAGUUUAUUGUCAGGAUAGGUACAAUUUGUGGUGGAAUAUUAGUGGCUGCCGGUUAUCUCUUCAAGCUAUACGAAAAGUUAUUGGUGAUUUUUUUUGGCAAAAAGUUUGUUGACCAGGGGAAAGAGAAGAAAGAAGGUGGAUUGUUGGAUAAAAGACUUCCAAAAAUGUCAGAUUAA